AUGGAUGCAGACCUUAUGGUCAGCAGCAGCAAUGACCCCAUGCAUCCCUGCUACAUUUCAGCUAAUGACACUUACAUGUUUCCAAAUAACCCCUCUGUCAUAUGUGUAUCUUUGUACAUUUUCUUUGGAUUACUGUCUGUAAUCACCGUCUGUGGAAACUUUCUUGUAAUAUUUUCCAUCAUUUACUUCAGACAGCUUCACUCUCCUACCAACUUCCUCAUUCUCUCUCUUGCUGUCGCCGACCUGCUUGUCGGGGUCUUGGUGUUCCCCUUCAGCAUGGCGAUCACCGUGACUUCAUGCAUGCACUACGAGAGUUUGCUCUGCAAAAUACGCGACAGCUUUGACGUCACAAUGUGCACGUCCUCUAUUCUCAACCUGUGCUGCAUCUCCAUAGACAGAUACCAUGCGGUGUGCGAGCCCCUGACGUACAGGACGAAAAUAAACGCUCGGGUAACCGGGGCGAUGAUCCUGUUCAGCUGGGGCGUCUCUGUUCUAAUAGGAAUCGGCAUCAUUGUUGCGGGAUUCAGCCAAGGCGCAUGUGAGGACACAUGCUCCGUUGAUAUCAUAGUGGCCAACACUCUGGGACCCGUUUUCUCCUUUUACCUUCCGGCAGUCAUAAUGCUCUGCAUUUACUUUAAGAUUUUUCUGGUUGCUCAGAGACAACUGAACAGCAUCCAGAGCACAAACGGCCAGAGCGUGAAGUCUGGAGCAACGGCGAGCAGAACGGAGAGGAAGGCCACCAAAACCCUGGCAAUUGUGAUGGGAGUGUUUCUUUUGUGUCUCACUCCCUACUUUAUCUGCGUCGUCUUCCAGCCGUUAUACUACAACCCACCACCACUUCCUGUGAUAGAAACACUGAACUGGCUCACGCUGUCAAAUUCAAUGCUGAAUCCUUUGAUUUAUGCCUUCUUUUACAGCUGGUUCCGGUCAGCUUUCAGGAUGGUCGUCUCAGGAAAGAUAUUCCGCAGCGAUUCAGCCAACUCCAGAUUAUUUUGA